AUGGCCAUUGAACUCGCAGAGUAUCUUCUACGGAGGAUCAGGGAAUGUGGAGUACGCUCUAUACAUGGUGUGCCAGGAGACUUUAACCUAGUGUCCCUCGAUCAAGUAGCAAAAUGCGGUCUCCAGUGGGUUGGAAACUGCAAUGAACUGAAUGCCAGUUUUGCUGCCGAUGGCUAUGCGCGCGUCAAUGGAAUCUCGGCCUUGAUGACGGUCAUGGGGGUCGGUGAAUUACCAGCGCUAAGCGGGAUUGCCGGUGCCUUUGCGGAACAUGUACCAGUCAUUCAUAUUGUUGGACAGCCCAGUCGCCGUGUUCAAGCAGACCGUCUAUGUGUUCACCAUACCUUGGGAAACGGAGACUUUUCUGUGUUUUCCAAGAUGACGGCAGCGGUUUCGGUGAUGGCUGUAAAUUUAGAUGAUCCACAAACUGCUCCUGAUCUCAUUGAUCAAGCCAUCCGCCAGUGUUGGGUUCAGAGCCGACCAGUCGUGCUAUUUCUUCCAUCUGAUACUGUUCAAUCCCCGGUUGACGUCCAAAAGCUAUCCAUAGGGCUUAAUCUGUCCUUCCAAAAUGACCAAGAUGAGGAGACAUGGGUCGUCGAUAAAAUUCUUGAUGAUAUCCAGCGCUCGAAGAAUCCGGUCUUACUUCUUGGAGGCCAUGGAGUUCGGCAUGGUACUUUUGAAGACGUACUUGAAUUGGUUCAAGUUUUACAAAUACCUACAUUUAUUGCGCCUAAUGGCCAAGGAAUUAUCAAUGAAGAGACGCCAUUCUUCAAAGGACUAUAUAUUGGACAAUUCUCCGAUCCUUGCAUAUCCUGGAUGGUCGAAUCAUCUGAUCUGAUAAUUUCAAUCGGCCAUAUCCAAUCUGACCUCAGCACGGCAGGAUUCAGCGGCAAUAUUGAGUCCAAACGAAUGAUCAGUCUCCAGAGAACAAACGUUACGUUCCGAGGCAAUCCCUUCUUCUCCGUAUACAAAAGUUGA